AUGCAACGAGCUUUCUCCGCCGCUUGCACAACUGUGGCCAUGGCUGCAUUUGCCUUUAAUACCGUCGACGCACAUGGAUACGUUUCCAAUCCACUUGCUAAAUUUGUUGACGAGUCCAUCUUAACCAAAUACGUCAAGACCAUUACAGCCGACGUCAAUAGCGCCUUUGGGGGCCUUAAGUGGGAUGACAGUCCAGAAGCAAACGUUGCCACCUUUACCUCUGCAUUCGUCAAUACGGGCUAUAAGUCACUGCGAGACAUGCUCGACCAGCAAGUCUCGGACUGUGCCAACACUCGGACGGACACUUCACCAGUUGAUGUAUCUGGUCUUACUGUCAUGAAGUGGCAAAACGACGAGGAACAAAAAGGAUUUAUUGACUCGCACCAUGGCCCGUGUGAAGUCUGGAUUGAUGACAUUAUGGUCGACCACCAGGAUGAUUGUGUCGCGGCCUAUGGCUCCGGAUAUCCAGCCAAUGUGAAGGUUGACUUUUUCAAGUGCUCAGGUAAUUGCAUCUUGCGAUUCUACUGGCUGGCGCUUCACGAGAUCAAGUGGCAGGUCUACAAGCAGUGCGUGCCUAUUAUGAACAACUCGGGGAUGCAGACGCAGACGGAGGUGCAAGGUACAGUGAAGCCAGCUGACAUAAAGACAGAGGUGCCAGGCCCCGUGACUCCCGCUAGCACGCAGAUGGAGACGCAGACGGAGACGCAGCCGCAGUCGCAGUCGCAGACGCAAUCGCAGUCGCAGUCGCAGUCGCAGUCGCAGUCGCAGCCGCAGUCACAGUCGCAGACGCAAUCGCAGCCGCAGUCGCAGUCGCAGACUCAGGUGCAAGACGCCGUGAUUCCUGCCAGUACGACAUCCAAAAAUGCCAGUGAGAGCAACGACGGAUGUCAGAACCGCGCGCUUCGUAAUAUUGAAGAUGCUCCGACACAUUUGGCCAAUGGUGCCAAGGUCAAUUGGGCGGACAACCGCUUUCUUCGUGCGUUUAACGAGUUCGCCGCUGGUUUCCAGAGGAACGACUAA